AAAAACUGUGUGAGCUUCUUCGCAAGCAGAGGUCGGCUGCGGAUCUGAUCAAUGCCAAUGGGCUGCUGGUCCGUUCCUACAGUGUUGUGAUCUGUACUCCUCAUACUGGUCAUAAUCUCCUCCUGCCCCAGCCUUCAGGUGGUGGCAGGGCAUCUGCUUUGCUGCACACCUUGUAUUGUGUGGCGCCAUGCUCCGGGUGCGGCUUCCCCUUGCGUGGUCGCAGGGCGUGCCCCGCGGCGCUGCCUGGUCCGCUGUUUGGGAGCGCUGGGAUGCUGCGCUGGGGGCGGGCCCUGCUCUUGCGGCGGAGGGGGCCGGUGUUGCGCCCGGCAUGCUGGGGGCAGCGCCGGCGGCGGGGCAGCGCUGGGCGGCGCGCCUCAUGUCCACCUUUGUGCGCAGCAAGCCCCACCUGAACAUCGGGACCAUCGGGCAUGUGGACCACGGCAAGACCACGCUCACGGCCGCCAUCACCAAGGUGUUGUCGGAGCAAGGGCAGGCUAAGGCGGUGGCGUUCAACGAGAUUGACAAGGCCCCUGAGGAGAAGGCGCGCGGUAUCACCAUUGCCACGGCCCACGUGGAGUAUGAGACGGACAAGCGGCACUACGCCCACGUGGACUGCCCUGGUCAUGCCGACUACGUCAAGAACAUGAUUACGGGCGCAGCGCAGAUGGAUGGGGGCAUCCUGGUGGUGUCGGCCCCCGAUGGGCCCAUGCCCCAGACGCGCGAACAUAUCCUGCUCGCUCGCCAGGUGGGCGUGCCGUCGCUGGUGUGCUUCCUGAACAAGGUGGAUGCCGUGGACGACGAGGAGCUGCUGGAGCUCGUCGAGAUGGAGCUGCGAGAGCUGCUGACGUUCUACAAGUUCCCGGGUGACGACAUCCCGAUUGUGCGCGGCAGUGCGCUGGCGGCGCUGGAGGGGCGCGACCCCGAGAUUGGGCGCGACGCAAUCUUGAAGCUGAUGGCGGCGGUGGACGCGUACAUCCCGGAGCCGGUGCGUCAGUUGGACAAGCCGUUUAGCAUGCCCAUCGAGGACGUCUUCUCCAUCCAGGGCCGCGGCACCGUCGUCACGGGGCGGGUGGAGCAGGGCGUGGUGCGCACGGGCGAGGACGUGGAGAUCGUGGGGAUCAAGGAGAAGCCGCUGCGCACGACGAUCACGGGCGUGGAGAUGUUCAAGAAGACGCUGGACCAGGGCCAGGCGGGCGACAACGUGGGGCUGCUCAUGCGCGGCCUCAAGCGCGAGGACGUGCAGCGCGGGCAGGUCGUGUGCAAGCCGGGCAGCGUGAAGACCGCGCGCCGCUUCGAGGCCGAGAUCUACAUCCUCACCAAGGAGGAGGGCGGCCGCCACACCGCCUUCUUCAAAAACUACCGCCCCCAGUUCUAUCUGCGCACCGCUGACAUCACGGGGUCCAUCACGCUGCCGGAGGGGGUGGAGAUGGUGAUGCCCGGCGACAACAUCCGCGCCACGCUCGACCUGCUCACGCCCAUUGCCCUCGACCCAGGGUUGCGGUUUGCGCUUCGAGAAGGCGGUAGAACUGUUGGAGCGGGGGUCGUUUCCAAGGUCCUGAGCUGAUUGGCACAUUGCAUAUAUGCUUACUUUUGAAUCGAGAUCAUGGACAACGCCAUGUGGCACAACGAAUCUACGUGAUUUGGCAGCUUGGCAGAUUCAUCAUUGCAAGCAUUAGUAUUGGAACUUCGGAUGCCCACUGCAUGAUGCCGUGUCACUCUACGAACCAUUACGAAGGUGAUUCGGCCUGGCCCGACCCAUCCAAUCGCUCAUGAUUUCAAUCUUGAAAUCGUGUCUACUCUGACAUGUAACGAUUACG